AGCGCAAACAGGUGUAUCCGAUCGGGCAAAGGCAGCACCUUCUUUCACCACACGACCGACCUGAUGGCUUAACGUCACUCCUGGACAGAAUCCCUACCACACUCUACCCCAAGGACCACGGCUAUUUGGACCAGGACCAGGAUCUUCCCAGAGUAGACCGUUCUUGAGGAUGAUCACUCACCGGGAGGCAUGACGGCUGCCCACUAAUUUCGGAUCCUAUACGUGGACCGAUGAGCUACACAGCUGUGCUGACGGAGUCCCGGCUUGUGCACAGUUAUCAGUAACGCCAAAGGAGGAUGACAUCUCUGCUCUACAGAUUCUCAUUGGGUCUCCUUGGGCUCCAGAUCUUCGUGAUGGGGGUACAGGGACAGUCUGAGGACGCUCCAUCAAAGGUUUCCUUUACGACUUUGGAGGAGAAAGAGACCGUCCUGCCCUGCCCGUACGAGCUGAACGAAGAGAAGGUGGUGCAGGUCACCUGGUAUAAGAUAAUCUCUGAUGUGAACAAGGAGCAGAUCAUUACUGUAGACAGGACCGAUGGCCAGUAUGUGUCCGAGAAGUGGAAAGACCGCGUGCGCUUUAAGAGCAAUCAACCCAUAGUGGAUUCGACUCUGGUCAUCACCAGCACAAAGCCCUCCGAUGAAAGCGAUUACCUCUGUCAGAUCACUCUUUACCCAUCUGGGAGCAUUGUCAAAGAGAUGCAUCUCACCGUGCAGACCAUUCCUAUCAGCUCCUUGGAUCCUGUCUAUGUAAAGGAGGGCGAUUCCUACAAGGUGGUGGCCUCCUGUCGCUCUGUGGCCGUCCCACCUCCUGAGCUCUCCUGGGACACAGAACUGAACGGUCAUGCUGUCAAACAGAUCUCUGACAAGGGGGUUGUCUCCACACACUUCUCUCUGCACCCUCUGAGGAGUAUGAAUGGAAAGAAACUGGACUGCCUGGUUCAGCAUCCAGUAUAUGACAAACCGCGCAGGAUCCAAAAUCAACUGGUGGUGCACUUUCCUCCAAACGCUGAAGUGUCUGGCUACAGUAAAAAAUGGUCUGUCGGUAUGGAGAAUGCUGCCCUGACGUGCAAACAUGCAGGAAGCCCUGAACCAGCCCUCACUUGGACCAGAUUAGGUGGGCAGCUUCCUAGCGGUGCAGUUCCUCACCCCGAUGGAAGACUCGUCUUUGAGCGACCCCUUAACACCAACGACUCCGGCACCUAUCAGUGCUUGGUGAAGAACUCAGAGGGUGAAGAUAAGAAUACUGUGACCAUCACUUUAGGAGCAGAGACCACAAUCGAUCUCAAGAAGUUGAUAUUCAUCAUUGCGGGAGGCGCGGCGGCCGGCCUGCUGAUUCUCAUGCUCAUCCUCACUUGUCACCACCAACGCAAGAACAAGAAGCUGAAGAAGGAGCUGACUCAGAAAAAAGAGGAAAUAAGCACUCUGUCCAGACAAGCUUCGUUCAGGAGGGUGAACUCUGUCAGCACUGAUGCCAGAGACGUGUUACUAGAACUUGACGAACACCACCCUCUGAGGGUGGAGGGAACCCUGAGGAACAGCCUGUCAUCCCUCGGGGUCAGUCUACAGAUCAAUGAGCAGGCCCGUUGCCGUGACAGCAGAUCAACUGUCUCAGGUGGGCGCGGAGGAGGGGCUCCCGCGUUUGACUCUUUAGGCAGACCGUCCAUCUACAAUAACUCCCGGAGGGGAAGGGACCGGCCUAUGGAUCGGGACAGCGAAACCCGGCUUAGAGUAGAGCAAUAUGUGAGAAACAGCAACAUGUCCUUGCAGGACCCUCGAUUGCUUCCUCCUCUGCUGCAACCGACAUAUCCCGUGGUCCGCUCAACGGAGAUCAUAAGACAGAUGAACGGCAAUGCCGUCAUCCCAACAGAGGGAGGUUCCCAUUCAGGGAGCGCCAUAAGGAACUACCAGCCCCCUCCCAUAAGCUGCACAUACCAACAAGUGGCGUACGAUGAGGAUGAGAUCGACGAAGGGCUGGGAGGCCCUGCCAGUCAGGAGCAUCCUGACGAUCAGGAUAGCGUUGCCUCCAGCUCGAAUUUCUCAAAGAACAGAAUAAGCCCUCAGCCUCACAAUCAUAACCCCCACACUUCAUACGUCCACAAGGCCCAGAUUGUUUAGCCGGUGGCAGCAGAACCUUAGGUGAAACCCCAAAACUGGGCAGUUGUGCUUUUGGACACAAGUCACCCAGAAAAAGCAUCUUUUACUUUCUGCUCAGUGUGGGAACUGACUUCACUCAAGAAGAACAACUCCUGAUCUCCGCACGGACGUUUAGAGAUCAGUCGCAUUGAAAACAGAGCAUAUGACUAAUUUCCCAGUCGUUGCAGCUGUGUCAGCUUUUGCAAUACCUUGUUGUUUUAAGUGGGUUCAGCUGACAGGUGAACACAGCUGAGAGACCUUGUGCGUAUACACCUGAAGCAUUCCAUACCAGUGGAAACCAGGAAAUGUGGGAGGAGUAUCAAAAAGAACAACUGUGUGGGAAAGUAUGUAAAUCAGAGGAGUCGAUUGCAACACCAGCAAAGCGAGGGCGUAUUGCUGAGCCGGUGGUGUUUGGUGGAAGAGUAACCGUGCAUGUGACAAAUUCGCGGAUGCACAACUGUUUGGGAACUGAUCCAGAAGUUGUGUGAGUGUCUGGCCACACCUGAAACAUGCAUACCUCUGUAUUGUCUCCGAGUCUUUCUCAGUCUGCAUUCAUCUCAGGCAUUAAGACCAGAAAAUAUGUCUCUAUGUUCAUUUUCAGCACAUACGGACUGAUUUACGUCCGUUAGACUGUGUCUUAUUAAAGUGACAGUCAAAAAGUUUUUUCCUUUUAAAGUUCAGACGUUUCCACAUGCAAGGUCGGUUGUGUCCCGUAACUUUGCAAAUUUAAAAACUCCACGUCAUGCUUUUUCACUCACGGAUACUGUGAAAAGAAGUUCAGUACACCCAACUUCUACAUGUUUUUAAUGAAAAUUGACAUUGUAUAUAUUGAAAGCAUAAAGGCGCAUGAAACACAAGUCAGUUCACACCUUUGCCAACUUGUCACGAGAUUUGUACCCAACAAAAUUUAGUUGACUUCCUUUUGUAAUUCUGUUGGUUUUUAAAUUAUAAAGUAUAAAGUCACACAAACUCUUAAUUCGCACUUAUAAUUUAAUUCAAUUAGAUGUUAUUUUUAGAAGACUUCACUUUACCGCCCCACUGCCACUGACUGGUGUUCUGACUGCUGUAUCAACCAGCUGUGACAUGUUUCUAUUCGAUCAAACCACAGUAUAGAAAGUCUUCACUGACAGCACAUAGCCACGUUUCCUUUCAACAGGCUGUGAGCAGAUUCUGAAAACACUCUACAAAUCAUCAGUUUUGGAGCAGGCAACGUCCCCCUGGUGGGUACGAAUCGACGCUCGGUCGGUACGAAACAUGGCAGCCGACUCCUGGUAUCGGACAAAAUUAAGUAUGAGAUUACAAAGAAGCAAAAGCUCCAAUAAAGUCUGUUACACGUGGAGUUGCCUAUUGCUCGCAUGUGGAGCUACAGCAUACUAAACUCAAUAAUGAAUGUAAACACGGACAUUUUUGUCUACAAGCUGUUCUGGGAGAGUUCCCUGCCAAUGGCAGCAACAGAAUUAUGCCUUUACAAGAGGAAUGUGACGUUAUCUUUACCAGUUUGAUACUCUGACAGAACCAAAUAUGUAUUUUCCUUUAUUUUUAUUAUCUGUGGACUGUUGGUUUUAACGUUUGGUCGCGAUAUGUUGUAAGUGUUGUUGGGCUCUGUUACUUCCCUCAGGGGUGUGCCAAAGGGAACAUGAAAAUGUGUUUUGCUUUUUCUUUGUAGAAAUUUAAGUAUUAUUUUCCUCCAUGUUACACAGCUUUCCUGCUGCAUAUAUGGCUGCUUCCCCGAGUUCGAGAUCUUUGGGUCGAAUGUUUAAGCAGUUUGUGACAAACAAAGCACUGAUCCCAAUCACCUCAAAGGCCGAGAGCCGUUGAACGGCUCGCUGUCGAUUUGUUGAGGAAAAGCUCUCCCUGCUGUGCAUAGCUGGGAACUGCAGGUGGCUUGUAGAAUUCACUGAGCUAUGAAUUAUUAUUUUUAUUCCAAAUAUCGUUGUGUUUCAGAAGAGCUUCCUGAUCUGGAUUUUUGUUUUUCCCUUGGAGGGCGGUAUGACAUAGAGGACAAAUAUGGGAGGGUAAAAUAGCCUCAAUGUGCAUGGCGUCAUCCAGUUACUCGAGGGAUUUUUUUAUUUUUUUUGAUUAUUUUUUUACUUUGAACAUGUGAACCAAUGCAGAGGACGUCAAAGUUUAAAUAAAUACUAGAUCAUCACUGUG